GCAAAAAGCACGACAGGAGAACACUUACAAUGUUCUUGCUGCUGGUGUUCUUCAUACUGCUUCGAGAAGGGGAGGCUGCAGCAGCCUGCAGACUUGCUGCUAAGGCUAGCGAGGCAGCCUUAGAACAACACAAUUUACUCAGAGAAAAAGUUGCUUCUCGUCAGUUGGACAAGGCAAUUUAUGGAAAUUUACCAGGAUCAAAAAGUCUUUUCAAGCUGAAAUACGACUGCACUAACGAAGGACUUGCUCUCGCUACCAUCGGAAACAAAUGUAAGCAUUCAAGCAUAUACAUGGACAAAGUUGGAAGGGGCGAGAACUUUAUCACAUACCGACUGAAAACUAACCCAAAACCGGAGCAAUUGGCUGAGCUUUUUGAAUAUGCUGUGGAGGACUGGAGUCUUACGGUAGAAAAUCCAUUGAGCGCAGAUGUGGUGUAUACUGACACAACCAUGGAGCCGUUUGCUAAUAUGAUCUACAACAAAACGCUAAAGAUUGGAUGUGCUUACUUGUUUUGCAAAGACCAGGGCAAGGUAGCUCUUGCAUGUGUAUAUGAGAAGAGGCCCAUAGAAGGAGAGCCACUUUACUGGGCAGAUUCCAAGAACGACAAGGGCUGUACGAAAGACGCUCCUUGCAAAAAACUCAUCAAAGGUGCUGUAUGCUCAAGCAAUAAUGGCAAAGUUGGUCCACUUUGUCUGCAAGAACCUCCUCCUGGUAAGUUUGAGCUGAUGCAAAAUAUCAAGCGUGCGUAUCUCCGCCAAAAGGAGUACGACCUAAAGUCAGGUGAUAUUUUGCAGAUUGUAAUGAAUGCAUUGCACUACGCCCACUCAGAGACGACAUCAUCCGAUUCGACGCGACCAAUAAGGGGCGAUAGAGAUCAAAAAAUAAUGUCGGACGCAUCCAAAAUCCAACUGAAAAUGGCCGACCUUUUCGCUGUACUUGUGGCUCAAGGCGAUGUUUUCGUAGUAGAGGAAGAGAGUUUGCUGAAUCUAAUAAAGUCGAGCAAAGCUAAACCACCUCUCCCGCCGCCCCCACAACCUCGACCUCCACAGCCACCCUUCAACAAAAGAAAGAGGCCGGCGUUUAAGCCCAUUCUGACGAAUGAAGAGACAUUUGCGCCCAAGAGGAAAUGCGGGCCGCCUCCACCACCGCCAACCACUCCCAAAGUAACGCCUGUCUCAGAAACAACAACUGCUGGUCCUAGCGGCGAACAGUCAGUGGAACAAUUCAUGAAGAUGAUAAAGGAAUUUUUCAAGAGCGAAGAGACUAAAGAAAAGCAGGAGGCCAAACAAAAAGAAGAUCUUGACGACAUUUUUAGCGUUGAUUAAAUCACUUCUGAAAUUUUUGUAGAA